AUGGGCGGCGCUGAUUGCUUACCAUCAGCCAUUCUGCAGUGCACGCGAGCUUGGGGACUCAAAGGUUACAAUAAGACAUUAAGCAACUCAAUAGAAGUUAACUGGACUAAUGCCACACAGCUCAUUGAUACAGGAUAUGUCAAUUUAGAAAGGAAAAUGGCUGUCUUUGCCUUUGGAUUCAGGGGCAGCGAAACUACUCAAGACACAGAUAAAUUUAUUGAAGCUGCGUUGAGCAACACUGAUUGGUCUGUAGUACUUGUUAACUGGAAAGACGAAGCAGCUCCUGGAGGUACACCGGAUUAUUACGGAGCGGCUCGAAACACCCAAAUCGUUGGCGCUCAAUUAGGACAAGCUAUAACAUCCAUGGUUGAAAGCGGCCUAGACCUUAACAAUAUAAUAUUGAUUGGUAUGUCUUUGGGUGCCCAGAUAUGUGGUAAAGCCGGUUCUACUGUUAAAGAAAUAUUGGGACAACAGUUACCAUUGAUCAUGGGUCUGGACGCAGCCAAGCCGCUAUUUGAACCCAUCGAAGUCUUUAGAUGUAUAAAAUCAAGUGAUGCUGCAUGUGUGUUCCUACUGCACACAGAUACUAACCGUUUUGGUGUGUCAGGCAGCUAUGGAACACAUAACUUUUUCGCUAAUCGGGUAUUCUAUGCGUUGCACAGCUACCAACCCGGCUGUAACCCAAUACCAACAUCGUCAGAUGCAAUGUCUAUGUUUCAAACUUAUGAUUUAACUACUGAAUUAUUCUGCAGUCAUCUUCGUGCACUGAAGUACUUGAUUGAAGCCAUUAAAACAAAUUGCACGAUGAUAGGUAGAAAGGUUAGCAGCGGUACUCUCCCGUCGUUAUCAGGGACAACAACAUCAAUCAUUGCUUGUCUCGGUUUCAACAUAAGCCAGAGGUCGUUGAACAAUUCGAUAGAAGUUAGCUGGACUAAUGGCACACAGCUCAUCGAUGACGGAUAUAUUAAUGUAGAAAGCAAAACAGUUUUCUAUGCCUUUGGCUUCUUGGGUGCCGAAGACGUUCAAGACACAGACAAAUUUAUCGAAGCUACCUUAAGUAAUACUAAUUGGUCUAUAGUUCUUGUUAAUUGGGAGGAAGAAGCUUCCCCCGGUGGUUUGCCGGAUUAUUUCGGAGCAGCUCGAAACAGUCAAACCAUUGGUCCGGAGUUGGGACAAGCUAUAUCCACGAUGCUGGAAAACGGCCUACUCCUUAAUAACACAAUUUUAGUCGGAUUCUCUUUGGGCGCACAGAUGUGUGGUAGAGCCGGCGAAACUAUUAAAAAUAUCACUGGACAACCAUUACCACUGAUCGUAGCUUUAGACGCUGCCAAGCCCCUAUUCGAGCCUUUCGAAAUCUUUAGAUGUAUAAAAUCAACCGAUGCCACUCGUGUAGUUCUCGUUCACACAGAUAAGUCAACAUUUGUAUUUUGCAGUCACCUCCGAGCAGUGCAGUUCUGGAUAGAAAACAUUAUAAAUAACUGUACAAUUAUUGGAAAUCUAGCCAGUAGCGCAGAAGCCUGGGUGCUUUCAAAUGGAACGCCAAACAACCUUACUUGUCUUGGUUACAACGUUAGCCAGAGUGCCAAUGGAAACUACUAUUUCCGUACCAAUGCAGAGUCUCCAUAUGGAUUAGGUAUAAAUGGAACAAGACCUUAACUCAUAUUAUAAAAAUAGAAAAAAAGUAUGGACAUAAUGCCA